CUUCGUGUUCACUUCUCGCUGUCGCUAUACUACUCUCUCUCUCUCUCUCUCUCUCUCUCUCUCUCUCUCUCCCCCCUUUCCAAAUGCAUGCCAUCUCAAAUCCCUGCAAGCCACUACCAUCUCGCUAUUGCUAACAAAAACCAAAUGGGCAAAGCCUCCAAGUGGUUUCGGGCAGUUCUUGGCCUUAAAAAACCCGAACCGCUUCCAUCACAGCAGCAGCAGCAGCAAACCACGGGUCGUCCGAAGGAGAAACGAAGAUGGAGCUUUGUGAAAUCAUACCGUGAGAAAGAUCACCCUCAACAGCACGUAAAACAUGGAGUUUCGGAUGAUCAGGAGGCUCCCGUAAUGGUUCAGUGUUCGUCAGAGUACGAAGAGGAUCCUAACAAGCACGCGAUCGCAGUAGCCGCUGCCACGGCAGCAGUUGCCGAGGCUGCUGUGGCAGCGGCUCAUGCGGCAGCGGAGGUUGUAAGGUUGACGAGUAGCGGAAGGUGCGCUAACAGCCCAGCAGUGACGUACGAUAACGGGAGCCAAGCCUGGCUUGAGGAUUUGGCCGCCGUUAAGAUACAAUCUGCUUUUCGAGGCUACUUGGCAAGAAGGGCUUUGCGCGCAUUAAAAGCAUUAGUUAGGCUUCAGGCGCUGGUAAGAGGUCACAUUGAGAGGAAGCGAACUAAAGAAUGGGUUCAUCGUAUGCAAGCAUUAUUGAGAGCCCAAGCACGAGCACGAACAGGACGGAUACAGCACUCUGAAUCUUCACAUUCAAGUUGCAAGUCUUCUCACUUUCACCAUCCUGGUCCGCCCACCCCCGAAAAGUUUGAACAUGUAACACGGCCCAGCAGUGGAAAAUACGAACAGUCAUCAAUUCUUAAGAGGACUGGAUCAAAAUCUAAUGGCAGGGCAAUUAGUGAUGACGACAAAGCACACGUAUCCUUUAAUUGGUCAGAACGUGGCAUGGACGAAAGCUCAUGGGAGCAAAUAGUGCCCUUUGCAAGAACCGGCACUAUAGAUGACGAGAAGAGUGACAAGAUCCUUGAAAUAGAUACCGGAAGACCCCACUUCACCCCUAAACGCAGAAACCUUUUCCAUUCCUCUCACCUUGCGUUGGCUCCAGUUCAAUAUAGUUAUAGUUUCACAACUUCAAAAGACUCUAUGAACCAUCGAACUGUUCCAAGUCCAUCAUCAGGUGAAGUCCAGUCUUUUACUCGUGAGAAUGAGGAAGCCUUUUGCACUGCUGAAAAUAGCCCACAGUUCUACUCGGCAUCUUCAAGAGGGGGUAGUGGCAGAAGAAGUCCCUUUACUCCCAGUAAGAGCGACGGCUCAGCAAGCUUUCUUAGCGGGUACUCAGACUACUACCCAAAUUACAUGUCUUACACUGAAUCCUCAAGGGCUAAAGUGAGAUCUCUCAGUGCUCCAAAGCAAAGGCCUCAGUACGAGAGAUCAAGUUCAACAAAGAGGUACUACAUUCAUGGCUUUGGCGAGCCAAGAUCCAGCAGUGCACAGAGGGCUUCUGCCGUGCGCGCAAGCUUUACCAGCAAAGCUUAUCCAGGAUCUGGUCGCUUGGACAGACUAGGAAUGCCUGUUGGGCAGAGAUUCUAAUACGUACUUCCAAGCGUUCUAGUCUCUGGAGUGGUUUUUGGCUAACUGAUGUGACUUGGUUAGUACUUGAUGUGUAGUUUGUCAAAGAUGCUUUUACCGGCGCUAGUAACUCUGAAAUCUGACCAAACAUUCAGAAUCUAAUUGAAGAUCUCAUAUUUAAGAGUGCGAUCUUUCCUGUAUCAAUGGAACUCAACCAGGGCUUUUAUUUAGCAACUGAGAC